AUGCUAGACGUCUCUUCAGGAGAUUCCAAUGGCUGCAGCACUGAACCCGCGGCCGAGGCUAAUGUCCCGCCAAACAAGGACAACGGCAAUGAACUUCCCUCAAAAAUGGUCGAUGCUCUCCAGACGGAUGUCGAUGGCGCAGUAACCAACUCGACCUUGACCAAUGGGGACGACAAGAAAGGAGAGGACACCAGGAAGAAAGAAUCCCAGAAGUGCGAGGUUCAAGCCUACGAGGCCCGGUUCGACAGCGAUGGUAAACGUGACCUGAAAGUCAUUGAUGCUGCUGCCGCAGAACAGCAAGAUGCCGACACCGAGAACGAAAAGCGCAAGCAUGCUCUAUGUUCCUACAAGUGGUACAAGCGAGAUGGAGAGAUCGAAUGGGAGUCAGUGGAAGUCAUGUCGCCCCAUAUUAUCCUUGCCUUGCAAAAGGUCAUCGAUGACUAUCCUGGUGAACACUUUUGGUCCGAUACAGUCACAAUUGACGCACCAUAUCGACCCAUCUUUCACCACCGAAAGGAGCUUGCAGAGUAUGCUGAAAAACUCGACGACAAGGACGCCAAAGCCCACAUUGAGCUCAUUCUUAGCUUCCAGGAAAAAGAGAACCGGAGAGCUGUCUCGGAGUACGACUCGAACGUCAAGAAUGCUGUUGAUCGACCUUCAGUUAGAUGGUCCAACCUGUGGAUGGUUUACCGGCCCGGUCUACUGUGUUUUACACGUAGUGCCAAAGGCUUGAAGUGCAUGGAGAUCGUCAACUCGUAUGAACGUGGCGGAAAUUGUCCAGCAUAUGUUGUUGUGGCCAAGUCGUUCACUCACGAUGGCAAGACCUUUGGUUACGAUUUGACACAAAUCGAUCAGUGUCCCUACAAAGGUAUGAGAGAGUUGAGCAAGCUCCACUGUAUCCCUCACGACUAUUAUACCGAAAAUCGAGAAGAUGCGAAGAAGGCCUUGAUCCUUCGUGGUCGCAAAUUCUGCUCCUUGAAAGGUAGCCAUUAUCGGACUUACGCUGGAACUGUUGCGGCUCUUGCUAAUGUUCGUGACUGGGAAGAUCGUGGCCGCUUUCGAGAAGAGACGAUGAUCAUCUCCUCCCGCAUCAUGGUUGACAGCAAGAUGUUCUCCAUCAUGAAGUCUCCCAACCGUAUCUAUUUGGACGAGGCCAAAACUAUGCCAAAGGACUGCAAGCCAGAAGAAGAGCACGAAUACAUCACCCAACGCGACUUGCUCAUUUGCGACAAUCGUAUACCAGGGUACGCCUUACAGAUCAAACGGUGGUGCUGGUUCAACAUCGAUGACAUUGCUCCUGUCGACUUCAAUAAGGACGCCUUUGCUGCACUCUUGAUCCCAGCUCGCCAGAAGUCUCUAGUUCACAGUCUUGUCAAGACACAUGUUAGCAAGACUGAAGAGUUCGAUGACAUGAUUGCAAACAAAGGCAAAGGUCUGGUUUUUGUGUUGCAUGGUUGUCCUGGUGUGGGCAAAACAUUUACUGCAGAAUCAGUCGCCGACCAUAUCGAACGACCUCUUUACGUCCUCAACAGUGGCGAGCUCGGUAUCCAGCCAAUGGAGGUGGAAGACAACCUCAACAAAGCCCUCAUGCUAGCAGUCGCCUGGAACGCAGUCCUUCUCAUCGACGAAGCCGACGUCUUCCUCGAACAGAGAUCCGUGCAAAACCUCCAGCGCAACUGUCUCGUCUCACUCUUCCUCCGUGUCCUCGAGUACUUCCAAGGCGUCCUCUUCCUCACUACCAAUCGCGUCAGCACCUUCGACCCAGCAUUCAAAUCCCGCAUCCACCUCGCCCUCAAAUACAACGCCCUAACCGCCACAGCCCGCAAAGAACUCUUCGCCAAUUUCAUCAGCCGAACGUCCAAAAACCCACCGAUCUUUGACGACGAAACCUUAGGACGCCUUGCGGCAGUAGACAUCAACGGCCGACAGAUUAAGAAUGCGGUCAGGACGGCGAGUGCGUUGGCGAGGGAUCAGGGUGUAGAGUUGAACGAGGACCAUUUGCAGGUUGUGAUAGAGACGAUUGCGGAGUUUGAGCAGGAUUUGGCGGCGAGUACGGAUGAGUGGUCUUCGUGA